AACAAGCUACUAACAAAUUCCCUAGGUUUGAUGGAGGAGGCCCCUAUUGCCGCUUAUCCUCGUACAAAAAUCGAGGGAGAUAUACAUAGCCUUGAAAUCGCCUAAGUCGCUCAUAGCGGCUGUACUUGUGAGGAUGGACUUUCUCUCCACCUUGUGGACGUACGCAACAUGGGCAGCUGUCCUUGUGUGCCUCUAUUUGCUCUUGAAAGCCGUAUAUAAUGUGUAUUUCCAUCCGCUCUCCCGUUUUCCAGGACCGAAGCUUGCGGCGGCGUCUCUCUGGUGGCAGGCUUAUCUUGAUCUCUGGGAAAAUGGCAGUUUGUCCUCGAAGCUUGCAGAGCUCCAUGCGACGUAUGGCGAGAUCGUCCGCAUUGGCCCCAACGAGCUCCAUUUCUCUCGACCAUCGGCAUUCCACGAAAUAUAUAGCUCACGAAAUCGGUGGUCGAAGGGAUCGUACCUAUAUGACGCCUUUGUAGACACUAGCUCGCGGUCGACGUUCACACUUUUGGACUACGAGAGCGCUAAGAAACGCAGCGAGCUUACGGCGAACCUCUUCUCUCACAAAUCAAUUAUUGCCAUGCAAAGCCUUGUCCAAGAAUGUGUUGACGAAAUGUGUGCCAACAUCGACGACCAUAUCUUGAACAAGAGACCAGUCCACUUUCGACGUGCUUUUAGAUGCUGCACAUUGGACUCCAUCUGCUCGCUCUGUUUUGGCCAGACAACGAAUGCACUUAGCGCGCCGGAAUUUCGCAGCCCGGUCGAGUAUGUCCUAGGCACAACAGCCCCUAUUAGACGCCUCGCCAAGCACAUUCCCUUCCUCAUGACGUUUCUACGCAGUCUGCCGUCGAGCUUGUUGAGGUAUUUACAACCAUACUCAGAAGGAUACCUGAAAGUGGUCAAGAUGUUAGGCACGCAAAUUCGGGAGAUCUUCGCGAACCCACAAUCCUUGGCCAAUAGUGACCAUUCCACCAUAUAUCACGAAUUCGUGAAAGCCAAGGACCAAUCAAUCUUGACAGAGGAGGCCUUCCUUGAUGAAGGCUUCCUCUUUUUCAAUGCCCUCACCGUUGGCACGCUCCACGUCCUCGACGAUCCACAGAUGUAUGCCAAGCUGAUGAAGGAGCUGCUCGAAGCUUGGCCGAGGCUCGACGACAGACUCCGCUACGAAACGUUGGAGAACCUGCCUUAUCUGCGCGCCGUCGUGAAAGAGUCCCUCAGACUCUCACAUGGCGUAGUCACCCCUCUGACCCGUGUCGUCCCACAGGAUGGCUCCGUAAUUUCUGGAGAGUUCAUCCCAGGUGGAACCGUCGUGAGCAUGAGCAAUGUGCUCGUCCACACGAACGAGGAGAUUUUCCCCGAGCCACACGCGUUCAAGCCCGAACGGUGGCUCGACCCGGCCGCAGGCUCGCUGGACAACUGGCUCGUCUCCUUUAGCAAGGGUCCGCGAAGCUGCAUCGGAAUCAACCUUGCGUAUUGUGAGAUGUACCUCGCCCUCGCGAACCUGUUCCGCCGGUACGACAUGCAGCUGAACGGCGUGAGCCCGUCAGACUGGCGCUGGGUCGACCAGUUUUCGCCUGUGUACAGUGGCUCCGCGCCGCUGGAGCUAUGGGCUCAGGCACGAUUGACCUGAGAGUGCUUGAAAGAGAUUGCUCACGUUCAUGGCGGAUUUCACGAGAUCAAUAUCAGGUACCGACAGUGUAAAUUAGGGGCUGCAGACUGGUUGCAGGGACCUGUACGAUGAGAUGCGUAAUGGUUAUAGUUAAGAAGAGCUUUCGUCACCAGCCAUCUUGCCGGGCCCGUGGGCAAACGCGAAGUACCGU